UUUUUGUAUUGUUUGAUGGUCUCUGUGUUGUUGCUUAUUCUGUGUACUGGAUGCUCCUGUCACCAAAACAAAUUCCUUUUAUGUGCAAACAUACUUUGCAAUAAAGCUCUUUCUGAUUCUGAUUCUGAUUCAAUGCACCAUCAACAAUGUCAACAGAAUUUAAUCUCUGGGGUUUUUCCUGUCACACAGAGUCAAAAAGUUCUAACUCGUUCUUCCAGUUAUGCUGACAAUCUUUCCAGUAAACAACUGAAGAAUCUUGACAUCUCAUGUGCUCCUACGCAUUUUAGGGACUGAAAGUCUCAGAGACUUCAAAUGAGACAGGACAGAAAUGGACUCAGAUGGUGACACUGAGGAGCCCUCAGAGUUGAGGAUUGUGUUAAUGGGGUAUAAAGGAGCUGGAAAGAGUUCAGCAGGAAACAUCAUCCUGAACAGAGAAGAGUUUGACCUGAAGACAACUGCUCAGUGCGUGAAGAGAAGGAGAGAAGUAGCAGACAGACACAUCACUGUCAUAGAAGCUCCAGGAUGGUGGAUCAAUGUUCCUGUAGAAGAGAGCCCAGAGUUACUGAAACAAGAGAUUUUACUCAGUGUGUCUCUGUGUCCUCCAGGACCUCAUGUUGUUCUACUGGUUAUACGUGUGGACAUUAGAUUUAAAGAGGAUGAGAGAAAAGUAUUUCAGGGUUAUGUGGAUCUUCUCGGUGAGAGAGUCUGGAGUCACACUAUAGUGCUCUUCACUCAUGGAGACUUUCUAGGAGACACAUAUAUAGAGCAACACAUUGAGAGAGAAGGAGAGGAUCUUCAGUGGCUGGUGGAGAAAUGUGGGAACACAUAUCUUGUUCUCAACAAUGUGAACAACAGUGAUGACACUAAGAUCAAAGAUCUGCUGGAGAAGAUCGAAGAGACAGUGACAGAAAACAAAGGCUGCCAUUUUGAAAUAGACAGAAAGAUUUUACAGGAGCUGGAGGAGAAAAGAAGAGCAGAGGAAGAGAGAGCAGAAGAACGAGUGAAGAGGAUGAAGAAACAGAGAGAGAUGAUCAGAUCACAGAUGAGUGACACUCAGUAUCUCUCAGAGUUGAGGAUUGUGUUAAUGGGCUAUAGAUAUUCUGGGAAGAGUUCAUCAGGAAACAUCAUCCUGAACAGAGAAGAGUUUGAUCUGAAGACAACUGAUCAGUGUGUGAAGAGACAGAGAGAAGUAGCAGACAGACACAUCACUGUCAUAGAAGCUCCUGGAUGGUGGAGACAUGAACCUGUAGAAGAGAGCCCUGAGUUACUGAAACAAGAGAUUUUACUCAGUGUGUCUCUGUGUCCUCCAGGACCUCAUGUUGUUCUACUGGUCAUACGUGCAGACAUUAGAUUUAAAGAGGAUGAGAGAAAAGUAUUUCAGGGGUAUUUGGGUCUCCUCGGUGAGAGAGUCUGGAGUCACACUAUAGUGCUCUUCACCUGUGGAGACUUUCUAGGAGACACAUCUAUAGAGCAACACAUUGAGAGUGAAGGAGAGGAUCUCCAGUGGCUGGUGGAGAAAUGUGGGAACAGAUAUCAUGUUCUCAACAAUAAGAACAGAAGUGAUGACACUCAGAUCAAAGAUCUGCUGGAGAAGAUAGAAGAGACAGUGAAACAAAACAACGGCUGCCAUUUUGAACUUUUACAGCAGGUGAAGGAGAAAAGAAGAGAAGAGGAAGAGAAAGCAGAAUCACAGAUGAUGAGUGAGGAUGAGAUGUUUGACACAGUCUCUCUGAGAAGUUCUGCUUAUGGUUCAUUCAGAUCUCGAUCAGGUGCAGACAAAAGUUCAGUUUUUGCAUCAUCACGCUCUAAAGACGCUCCUCUCUUAUUUGCUGGUGGAUCAUACAUAAUGAAAUUACAACAACCAUUGAGGAGUGAAGAUGAGAUGUCUGAUUCAGUCUCUCUUGGAAGUUUUGGAUAUGGAUCAUUCAGAUCUCGAUCGAGUGACAACAGUUCAAUUUUUGCAUCAACACGCUCCAGUGACUCCAAAGAAUUUCCUCCUAAUUUUGCAGAUGGGUCUGUGGAACAGUCACAAAUCAAAACAACAAAGAAACCAUCCACGAUCUUAGAAUUAUUAAGAGGCAAACAGAAUAAAUGAGAAGAAAAAAUGAAAUGUUAUUUGUCCUAAAAAAAACAAUGAAUGAAAUUAUUUGUAACUGACUCAACACACUCUGUGACAAUUUUUUUUCAUCUAUUUAAUAAUUUCAAUCUAAAUUGCUACCUUUUUUCCCCAAUAAUAGUUUAACUGAUACAGGUAACUAACAUCAGUAAACCACAAUUACACAGAGCAGAGAAUACAGUUUGUGAUCAAGGUCAUUUACACGGAUGUCAUUGUUGAUAUUUUGUACAGUAACAUGUCAUGUUUUAUCAUGUAAAUAUAAUAAUGGAAAAAAUUUUUAUGUACUAAUCUCAAUCAGAAAUUCUUCAAUAAAUUGUUCAGUUCAAACAUAA